AUGGCAACAAAAACUAUCGGUGUUCAGUUUCUUCAAGAUCAGCUGGCUGCUCUUCAGGACCAAAGCAAGGUUAUGAAGAUGGAUCCUUAUGAGCUUCAGUUGCAGUUGGAACGUCAGGGAUACGAUGUCGCAUUGCAGAAGCUUCUCCAUAUGAAAGAAGCAAGUAUCGAGCGCGGUGACGCUCUUAGUGCGAUGAACUUGACACCUCUGAAGAAGAUUAUGUGGGACUGGCAUGAAAAGAUGAUCCCAUUGAUCAGAGAAGAGAUUGCUCGCUGCGACAAUGCAACCUACCGAGAAGCCGAGAGACAACUGUAUGGUCCCUUUUUGAAGCUCUUGCCAGUCGAAAAGUUGUCGAUCAUCACAAUCCUCGAGUUGCUCAGAGGACACAAUUCAUCUGGAAUCGUUGACGGCAUGAAGACUGCACGCACCAUUAUCGACAUUGGAAAAGCAGUAGAGAUGGAGUACAAUGCAACCCUGAUGAAGAAAUCAUCCAACAAGCUACUCUCGCGCAGUCAGGAAGUCCAUUCUCUUUUCGCAAGCGGAAAGCUGUUCAAUAUGGCAGUUCGUGCAGCCCACAUGAAGGUGGCGCGUGAGCAAGAGUCUAGCAAGAACUGGACUCCUGUCUGGCCUAGCACUGUCCGUGCAAAGGUUGGAAGUGUGUUGACAAGUAUCUUGAUCGAAGCUUCCAAGAUUCCUGUCCCCAGUUCAGAUCCUGAGACUGGAGAAAAAAUUAUAGAAAAUAUACCUGCCUUCUUCCACACCUAUCAAUACGUCCGUGGUAAACGUGUGGGUAUUAUCAAGUUUUCAGAACCUCUUAUUUCCAUGCUCUCCCGUGAGCCUGUUCGUGAUACACUCCACCCUCGCCUCAUGCCCAUGAUUGUCCACCCUCUGCCUUGGUUGUCUUACAACUCCGGUGGUUAUCUCUCGGCCAAGUCGACGUGCAUGCGUAUCCGAGACUCACCUGAGCAACUCUCCUACCUUCACAAAGCAUCCGAACAAGAAUGUUUAAACCCCGUCCUAGCUGGCCUGGAUGUCUUGGGUAAAACACGCUGGCGAGUAAACAAAAAUGUCUUUAAUGUGAUCCUGGAAGCCUGGAAUACUGGUGAGCCCAUUGCAGAUAUCCCACCGGUUGUAGACGCCCCUACUCCUUUACCUCCAAAGCCAGAAAACUAUGACACCGAUCCAAAAGCCAAGUUUUUGUGGGUUACCAAGGUCAAGGAGAUCCAAACCGAAGACAAGAACAACCACGGCUUACGUUGUGAUGUCAACUAUAAGGUUGAAACCGCAAGAGCUUUCCUGAACUUGCCAAUGUAUUUCCCCCACAACAUGGACUUCCGUGGUCGUGCUUAUCCAAUUCCCCCAACAUUGAACCAUCUUGGUAAUGAUCUUUGCCGUGGUUUGCUUCACUUUGACGUCGCAAAACCAUUGGGUCAAAGAGGUUGGAAGUGGCUCAAGAUUCACUUGGCAAAUUUGUACGGUUUCGACAAACAUUCCUUUACCGACAGAGAGAAAUUUACAGAGGAACACAUGAAAGAUAUCUAUGACUCUGUUGACAACCCUCUCACAGGAAACAAAUGGUGGCUCAAGGCAGAGGCUCCAUGGCAGUGUCUUGCAGCUUGUUACGAAGUAGCGGCUGCUCAGCGUAGUGGUACUCCCGAAGAGUUCCCGUCACAAUUGCCUGUUCAUCAGGAUGGUACUUGCAACGGUCUUCAGCAUUAUGCUGCACUUGGAGGUGAUUUAGCUGGUGCAAAGGCUGUGAACCUGGCUCCCAGUGAUCGCCCUGCAGAUGUGUACACGGGUGUAGCUGACAUGGUCAACAAACAGAUCGACAUUGCUGCUGCCAAUGGUGAUGAAUAUGCCAAGCUUUUGCAGGGAAACAUCAGUCGCAAGGUUGUCAAGCAGACUGUCAUGACCAAUGUGUACGGUGUGACUUUUAUUGGUGCGCGUGCACAGAUUGAGAGCAGACUCAAGGAGAACCCAAAUAUCCCGGCCGACAAGACAUACGUUCUUGCUGGCUAUCUGGCAACCCAUGUAUUCAAUUCGCUCGGAGAGAUGUUCAACGGUGCGCGUAAGAUUCAGGAUUGGUUGACCGACUCUGCAAAACGUAUUGCACGAAGUGUACCUGUUGAGACACUGCAGGAGCAUGGCGUGUUCCCAGGAGACGAGCGCCCUGAGGUUCAGGAAGAGCGAGCCAAGCGUCUCCAGUCUCGCAAACGAAGCAAUAAGCGUGUCAAGGGAUUCUCUGCCCGUACACCUUCUGCCAACCAGAUGACUUCUGUGAUCUGGACUACACCUCUGGGUCUGCCUAUUGUCCAGCCUUACCGCCGCUCGGGUAAGAAGCAAGUUGCCACCCUUCUCCAGACUGUGUUUAUCGAAGAUCCCGAUGCUGCCCGGCCUGUCAAUGCUGUAAAGCAAAGUACAGCCUUCCCUCCAAACUUUAUCCAUUCUCUGGAUGCCACCCACAUGCUUAUGUCUGCGGUUGCGUGCCACGAAAAGGACAUGUCAUUUGCAUCCGUGCAUGACAGUUACUGGACUCAUGCCUGCGACGUUGAUGAUAUGAACAAGGUCAUUCGUGAUCAGUUUAUCGAACUCCACACACAGCCUAUUAUGGAAAACCUCUUGAAGGAAUUCCAGGAGCGAUACAAGGACUACAUGCUGCCGGUUGCACAUGAACUCGGAGGGGGUACUAAGCGUGAAGCUUCAGCGGCUGCGAUGAGUAAAAUGAAGAAGCGGGCGUCAUCCGAUCAGAGUUCUGAAAAGGCUGCGAUGGAGGCAAUGUUUGGUAUGGCAGAUACUGAUGUAGAUUUAGACGAAGACGCAGAUGCAGACGCAGAUGCAGAUGCAGAUGCAGCAGUAGACGGUGAAGAUGGUGUGUCGACUAAAAAGAAGAGCGCAAACAGACGAUUCCUUCACACAUGGGAGGAGCUCAAAUUCCUUCCUAUUCCAGAGAAGGGUGAGUUUGAUAUCAAUGAGGUCAAGGGGUCCGAUUAUUUUUUC